AUGGGGUCUCGACUGGCGUUCUGCCAGCCGGGGGCGCCGGGCCGCCGCGCGCUCUACUUCUGCGGGAGCAUCCGGGGCGGCCGCGAGGACCGGGCGCUGUACGCGCGGAUCGUGGCGCGGCUGCGGCGCUUCGGGGCGGUGCUCACCGAGCACGUGGCGGCCGCCGAGCUGGGCGCGCGUGGGGAAGAGGCUGCUGGGGGCGACAGGCUCAUCCAUGAGCGAGACCUGACCUGGCUGCAGCAGGCAGAUGUGGUGGUGGCAGAGGUGACCCAGCCCUCCCUGGGUGUGGGCUACGAGCUGGGCCGAGCCGUGGCCCUCAACAAGCAAAUCCUGUGCCUGUUCCGCCCUCAGUCUGGCCGAGUGCUUUCAGCCAUGAUUCGGGGCGCGGUGGAUGGCACUCGCUUCCAGGUGUGGGACUAUGAGGAGGGCGAGGUGGAGGCCACCCUGGACCGGUACUUCGGGGCCCACCCUCCUGAGCAGGAGGUGGCCACUCCCGACUCAACUGCUUGACGUCACAUUGUGUUAGAAGCUUCUCUGCCCC